UUCUUCAGGAGGAGUUAUUAUGCAGCUAACUGGGCCAGCUUCACCUUCAACGGCCUGCUCACCUGGAUACAAAAGCAACAUGAGGAGGAGUCUCAGCCAGAGGAGCCUCAGGAUUGGUCGAGUCUUGUGGAGGAAGGGGAGGAGCUGAUCCACCUGUCAAACUCAGACUCCUCCUCAAUCAGUAACGUGCAGGUGUUCUGUUACACCAGUGAGGAGGAGGAGGAGGAGGAGGUGGAGGAGAAAUGUCUAAACACCACAGAAGAAGAACGAGGAGGAGUAGAUGAAGUCGCUGUCAAAGAAACGUCAGAGACAGAAUGUGCAGAGCCAAAAGAAGAAAUGACGGAGGAAGCAGAUGGAACAGCAGACAGAGAAGAAGAGGCUUCACACACAGAGGGGCAGGAGCCAGAGGCCGAUCAACCCGCCCCCUCAGCAGCUCAAAGCCAAUCAGUACCAACGAAGAAGAAGAUCAGCUAUGCUCAGCUGGUGAAGGAAGGCCGCAGGUUCAACAUCGACCUGGUCUCCAAGCUCAUGUAUUCUCGCGGCUCAUUGGUCGAUCUGCUCAUCAAAUCAAACGUCAGUCGCUAUGCAGAGUUUAAGAACGUCACCAGGAUACUGACCUACAGGAAUGGCAGCGUAGAACAGGUGCCGUGCAGCAGAGCUGAUGUUUUUGCGAACCGUCAGCUGUCUGUGGUAGAAAAGAGGAAGUUGAUGCGUUUCCUCACUUCCUGUGUCGAAGAAACAGAGGAGCAGCAGGCAUACAGAGGUCGGCCAUAUUUGGAGUUCCUGCGUGACCAGCAGCUCGGUGACAACCUGCAGCACUUCCUGCUUCACUCAAUUGCCAUGGUAACAGAAGACACGCCCACAGAAGAGGGACUCGCCUCAACACGUCACUUCCUACGUUGCCUAGGUCGCUACGGCAACACUCCCUUCCUGUUUCCUGUUUACGGCCUUGGAGAGAUACCCCAGUGUUUCUGUAGGAUGUGUGCUGUGUUUGGAGGGAUCUACUGUUUGAGACACUCGAUCACCUGUCUGCUGCUCGACAAGGACUCCAACAGGUGUAAGGCUGUGAUUGACAGCCAAGGACAGCGAAUCAGCUGCAGCCAUUUUGUGAUGGAAGAUGGUUAUGUGGGGGCGGACCGCAAGAAGCUGGCCACACCCACCAGGUUGAUCUCCAGAGCUGUGUUGAUAACUGACAGCUCCGUCCUUCUCAGUGACUCAGACCAACAGGUCUCCAUGGUAACGGUUCCUCCAAUAGCAGCAGGGUGUCCAGCGGUGAGGAUGGUGGAGCUCUGCUCGUCUACGAUGACCUGCAUGCCAGGAACAUACUUGGUCCACCUCACCUGUCAGUCAGUCGGCUCCGCCUACGAGGACCUGUCGCCAGUGGUUACCAAAAUGUUCCGAACUGCAGAGUCUCCUGAGCAAGGUACGACACCUCACGUUCGUCAUGACAAUUCUAUUAAAGUUCAAACCAUCACCUGUUUGUUACCAUGGCAACAAUUAACCCAGUAUCAGGUCAUUUUUUUUAAUUUUAAUCACAGAAAGUUGUAGACAAACACAACGUAAGGGAACGUUUAGACUCUGCAGGAGUUUGUGUGAAACUCUGGACGCGUUCCUCGCCUGUCUUAUUUAACAGGUGUAGGUUUUUUUAAAUCGUGUGGUAUCAAAGGGUACGACACACACACACACACACACACUGAUCUCUGUAUCCUGUAAACUUUCUCUCCUCUCUGACCUCCUCCUCUUUGUCUUUAAUUCAUUCAUCACUUUCUUCACUGCUUUUAAUUAUAACAUGAAAAAUCUGCACACACACACACACCUGCAGGAUGGAUGAUGCAGGUAUAAAGAGAUUCAUCAGAGGUGAUGAAGGAGGAGGAGAAAAGCUUCUCAGUCAUGUUUCUCUUGAAGUCAAACUGCAGGUUCAGCGUCUUUAUCCUCCGUAUUAAACAUCGUCCUUCUGAUGGAUGUUGUCGCAUAAAAUUAUUCUUAUUGAUUCAUUAUCAACCUGCAGAUU